AUGGAACACCAGUUGCUGUGCUGUGAAGUGGAGACCAUCCGGAGAGCUUACCAAGACUCGAACCUGCUCAACGAUAGAGUUCUGCAGACUAUGCUAAAAGCUGAAGACAAUUAUCUCCCCGCAACGAACUACUUCAAAUGUGUACAGAAAGAGAUUGUACCCUGCAUGAGGAGAAUUGUUUCUACAUGGAUGCUGGAGGUUUGUGCAAUAAACCCUUUCUAACAGAACCAUAACAUUAAAUUAUCCGAAUCAUCUCACAGGUCUAUGCCCUUUGGAAUAGAAGCAAAAUACAUUACUACCAUGCAACUAUAAAGAUUGCUUGUCUUGUGUUGUUCAUGUCAUGUUUAUCACAUUAUUCACCCAGCAAAAGCUUACCCUUUGGACUACAUUAGAGGUUGUCUGUGUGACUAAUUGAGCCUUAUUUUUACCUGACACAUGCUGCAAAUGACGCCAAUUUUUUUUAUUCGAUUAUAUUCAAGGGAACAAAAUGUUACACUUUAGUAUCAUUAUCCUCUUUAAUUAAUGUCAAUGUACACGUAUGCAGUCACUAGUGCCAGUAUUCGCCCUCUUUGUUUUCUUGUGGUUUACUUUGUGGUUUAAAACGUGUAAUAACCAUGUCACAGCUGUUUUCCAUGUAGUCACUGACCUCGGAUGCAUUUGGAACUUUGUUUCUAUUGUUAAGUUACCACUUGAUAAAGCAAACUAAAAAUUGUUCUUAGAGUUGAAGCAACUGAACAAUCCAAGUCGAUUUGGGAGUUUCAAAGGGUCGCCUCUAAAAUUGGUUAAUAGCUUCGAUUCCCUUUGAGAGAAUGUAAUAAAGUUGUCACAUUAUGUAAGAAGAUACAUUAUGUAAGAAGAUAAAUUGCUUAACAUUAACAGGGUAAAAAUGUUUUCGUGGUGUGGAAGAUUAUAUUUUUAAUUCAUUUUGAAAGUUACAUGCUGUUAUGAGAUGUGUGCGCAUGCUGCUUGUCCAAUUUCUAUAGUGGUUUACAUAUAUAGUUAAUUUUGAACAUUUUUCUUUUAGAUAUUCGGAAUAUGACACUUUUGUCCGAUAAAAUAUAAGUAUAAUAAUGUUUACAUGCUAAUGUUACAUUCUAAAACAAUUUUGAAAUAUUUAAAAAUAUUUGUUGAAAAUAUGGCGAACUACAAUAAGGCUCUGCAAGCAAUGCGCUUGCCUUGCAGAGAGAUCAACCUUUGUGUGCACGAGCGAAAUGUCUCUAAAAACAGUUUUUUACAUCCAAAACGUCUUAGAGCUCCUUUACAGGCACAUAAUAUGCACUUAUAUGCAUUCAUGUAUGACUCGUGUUAUUGUUUGUUAUUUUUGAUAGCUUUGUAGACUAUGUAGAUAUAGGCCUAUAGACUGGAUGUGUAGCCUAACUGAUGUUUGGUUUUGCUUUUGAUUCCAGGUCUGUGAGGAACAGAAAUGCGAAGAGGAGGUUUUUCCCCUAGCUAUGAAUUUUUUGGACAGAUAUUUGUCUGUUGAACCCACAAAGAAGACCCGGCUACAGUUAUUGGGAGCUACAUGCAUGUUUCUGGCGUCUAAAAUGAAGGAGACCAUUCCUCUAACAGCUGAGAAGUUGUGCAUAUACACUGACAAUUCCAUCCGGCCUGGCGAGUUGCUGGUAAUUUGACUUCCACAUUAGUUAUAACCAACACAUGUAGAUUAUGUUUAGGAGGUAUUGUAUAAUUUAGUGUAGUGUUACUUCCUUAUUUUAAAACAGUCUGCCUAUAAUAAGAACUAUAAUUUCUUGUAAGUGCAUUCUUUUCAGUUUAGCCAAAGUUAACUUUGGGAGAUCAAUCAUUUUAAAUUAGAAAAUAACUGAAAUUCUAUAACAAAAUGUCUUAAACCUACUUCCCCUAACAUCAAUGAUUGUCAUGAUAAGGCAUUGGCACAGUGGCAGAGCAUAGGCCUGUGUGGAGCAUGCCCACCCUCUAGUGGUGUGUUGGUGUCUUGAACCCUUGCACAGUAUCCUACUACAUGUUUUCUCUCUCCUAUCUCCUCCACAGCAAAUGGAACUACUGGUAUUGAACAAACUGAAAUGGGAUCUAGCCUCAGUGACGCCGCACGAUUUCAUAGACCACUUCCUCUCCAAACUACCCAUCCAUCAGGACACCAAGCAAAUCCUGUGCAAGCAUGCCCAGACCUUUGUGGCUCUCUGUGCUACAGGUAUGCAUGGGAGUCCCACCACCACCUGCCUAUUGUUACACUGCUGCUCUGCUGUCUCUGUUUAGUGCUGUUAACUUAGAGGGAUGUUGUAGGUCUACAUGUCCCCUGGGUUUUAGAUGUUCUGAUGUGGAUUACUACUGUAAAGAGGGGUUCCAAAUGGAAGCGGUUGAGUUGAUAUUUGUCAAUGGCAUGAUAACUCCCAUACUUGUGUAACAGUUAUGCCAUUAUCUUUUGCCCUAAACUUGAUUUGAACCACUUGACUUGGCGUUUGGUAAAGUGAAGGGGUUUGGUGUAGAGUAGACGGUUCUGCUAAAUACAUCACAAGCUGUACACAUUCCAGAAAGGUUGUGUUCAUUUGUGAACAGGCCCUGCAAAGCUUACAUAUGAGCAGCAGGGUAAAUGCUCGAGGAAUAUACUUUGAUGUAGCUGCUGUUACACUGUCUAAUUUCUACCCUUUGGACUAAGCUCUAGCAUUGCACAAUAGAAGGCCUGGAACCCAAUAGCAGGCAGAGUUUUACAGAAGGUGAUAUUGAAGAGAAGUCCUGCUCUAUAGGUUUCCAACCUGCACUACUUUCCAUUUGACAUUUGACAUUUUAGUCAUUUAGCAGACGCUCUUAUCCAGAGCGACUUACAGUUAGUGAGUGCAUACAUUAUUUUUAAUUUUUCAUAGUGGCCCCCCUCAACAACAUUUGAUUUGUGUUAGAGGAAGCACCUCUGUCUUGUGGUAGGUCAGGGGGAAGACUUAACUCAACGUGCUGUUUGAAGUUACUGCUUAAUUUAGUAAAUUGAAUGUGCCUGUUGGCUUAGGCUCUGUCCUGUUCGGAGAGCAAGAAGGUCCGGGCCUCUCUUUUGGUAAUGGAAGGGAAUGGAAUGAAGAGUGACACAACAAGGUCAUAUCUUUGAUUUGAAAAACGGAACACUUUUAACAGGUGAUCACUUACAAAAGUGAACUCCAAUUGUAUGAAGGAAUAGACAAACAGAAUAAUGUAGGGAGGGGAAGACUAGGGAGUGUGUGAAAGCAUGUUGAAGAUCCUGUACGUGCUAUUUGUGUUGAGUAAUACCUCUAAGGAAGGCACUUAACGAGUUCUGACCUGCUGCAACAUGGUUUGUAUAAGGGGUGUGUUUUAAUAGUCUUUGAUACACCUUUGUGAAAUUCAUUUAUUUCCUUCAUCUUGCCAGCAUAGAAGAAAAUGAUCCCCUUUUAUAUUUGACUUUUUUCUGAGACUGUGGAGUCUCUUGCUUUAUAUAUUUCCUUUAGAGCAGCUGCUGGCUGGCAUUCCUGCAUUCAUCUUGAGGGUUGCAAGCAUUUAUUUCCUUUCUCUUUUAUAGGGAGUCUAGGAAUGGGUAGAUCUAGUGGGGAUAUGGGCCUGGAUAAUGGCUCUCUGGCUUGCCUUUAUGCAAGUUCAAUUAAUCUCGCAGCGCUCUUCCUCAACCCUCCUCUCUAAGCUCUCUGUGGUGCAGGCCCUUGCAAUGGGAGCUCACUCACAAUGAUGCCCCAGCCCCAUACCCAUUGGGUUGGGGGGUGUAAAGGGGGCUCGUCUCCUAGACUGAGAGGCCCCCUAAUUAAUAUGGUAAAAUUAAUGGUCUGAGCCUGGUGAUUAGACCUGUUGUUUCACACAAUGUGCAUCGUCUGAGGAGCCCCUCUGUUUGUGUGUGUGUGUGUGCGUGUGUGCACAUGUGGUGCGUGUGUGAGCACCCCUGCCUGGAGUAGAUUUAUUGUCUCUCUAAGCACUUGAAAAGAGGAAGUGAGACAUGAUCUUUCCAGAGAGGGGUCCAACCAGAGCGGGUUGAAGGGUGAUUUAUUGCAUAGUGAGGCUGUUGAGAAGGGGAAUGGGGGUUUGGGCUUAAGGUGGGGGGGGGGGGGGGGGGUCUGGGGAGAAUACGUCUGCAUUUCAUGAGCUUGUCUCUCAUUCUCUCUGUGUGAUUAUCAAGCAGUUGUUGGGCUGAAUAGAUCAUUUAUCACCAACAUCAGAUUCCAGCAAGUGCAAUACGUCUUACCUCUUAUUUGAUUAUGUCAUUUGUUGUAUCUGCCCCUCUUUACUCUUAACAAAGUUUUGUAUGUAUGCAAAUUUGAGGAUAGAAAGACGAGGAUAGAGAGAGUAGGAGGGGAUGAUGGUAUAGCGAUGUAAUGGGGGAGGGGGGGGGGGGGGCAGAGUGACUGGGACCUACAGCAUAGCUCCUCAGUAGCAGUCAGGGCAUCCUGCCACAUGUCAGCAUGGUGCCUCUGUUCUGAUUCUGUUGGACGCACAGUUUCUCUCUCCUCUCUGCCUUGCCAUUAUCUGGUUGUGCCACAUUAUUCUGCCCCAUCCCCCUCGUCCCACCUCCUUCCUCUCACCCCUCUCUUCCUCCCCCACACCUCCGUCUCACCCCUCAUUGCCAGGGUGUCGCCUCUCUCUUGUUGUCUCACCCGUGUCAAUGGCCUGAGCUGCAGCUCUGGAGCCAGUGAGCUGCACCAUUAACAAGGUUGUUGUGUGAAUUGUUUGUGGAUCAAAUGCCUUGCUUCAGGAAUUUGACCUGUUGCCUCUCUCUCUUUCACCCCCUCCCUCUCUCUCUCUCUCUCUCUCUCUCUCUCUCUCUCUCUCUCUCUCUCUCUCUCUCUCUCUCUCUCUCUCUCUCUCUCUCUCUCUCCCUCUCUCUCUCCCCUCUCUCUCUCUCUUUUUUAUCUUUCUCUCUUUUCCUUUUUUCUCCACCAGAUGUCAAAUUCAUUGCCAACCCUCCGUCAAUGAUCGCUGCGGGCAGUGUGGCGGCUGCUGUCCAGGGGCUGAAUCUGAAGAGCAUGGACGAUGCACUGUCAUCCCAGCAACUCACUGACUUCCUGUCCCAAGUCAUCAGAAGUGACCCGGUAUGUAAGGACAACCCAGUCUCAUGCAACAUUUUUGAAAUUAAACAUAUAGCUUAGAAAUGAGACUAGAGAGCCUAAUAUAGCAAACGUGCAACCAUUCUGCCUAGCUUUGCAUAUGGAAUGGUUGCCCGUCUUUUAUCUUCCACAGAUUCCCAGCCUUUUAUUGAUCUGAUUGCUUCCACUAUGUGGUAACUCAUGGGGGAGAGGGGUGACAGUAGAACAAGAGAGGAGUAGUGCUGAGCAUUAACCCGAAAUAUCAGUUACCCGGGUCUCCGACGGGCGCAACCAACGUCUUAGGGAAAUUCCCUCUUGGGCCGAGGGCAGAGACUGGUUUUGAAGUUCGCAGGCAGGGUUACCUCAUCACGUGACCAUGACCGACUCAUGUCUGCUAUACCUGCUAUGUAAAGAGACAGAAGAAUGCGCGAUUGAGAGGGAUAGAGAGCAGUUGCUUCGCAAGGUAUCUCUACCUGAAAGUACAUGAUCUAAGUGAUUGAUAGUUGGUAGUCAGCAGUCAUAAAAGUAUGCCUUAUUUACUUUGAAUAGUAACUAAAAUAGUGAUUUUGUUAGACAGCAUGGGCAGCAGCUCUAUAGAGAUGAGAUGAUGACUUGGAAUGAAGUAGUGAAGUCAUCAAAUAAAACAAAAUAUUUUGUUAAAGUAAAGUAAUGUGAAUAAAUUAUGCUUAAUAAGUGAUGGGCAAUCACUACCAUUAUUUUAUUCUCUGUUGUUACAGCAUUCAACCCCCAUAAUGCAUAGUGCAUUUAAUGUUUACAAAAAGAAGAGAAACCGAAGUCUAAAAUUAUAAUUUUUAAAAUAAUCAAACCGAACCCGAACCGACCUCAAAAAGCACUAAUCACUCAGCACUAGAGAGGAGAGAGAGAGAGAUCUGAGAGACAGGGGAUGUAGAGCAGCAGGUAGCCAGGCCAUAAACCCUGUCUCUGAAUGGGUCAGGAAAUGAGAGGCGAGCGCACAGUCCCUCACUCCAGUGCAGUCGACGACGUGCAAAAGUUCUCGCUCGUUGUCCCCUUUGUCAUUGAUGCAGGAGGCAAGGCUCUUGUGGAGUCCAAAAGGAAAGGGGGAAGAAAAAAGUAAUAAAAAAAGAAAGCGGCGCCCAUGAAUAAAUGCACUUUCCUUGCAACUACAAAGUCAGUUGUGUAUAUUCGCAUAACAAACACAGGACACAAUUCAGCCCUAAUGUCAUAAUUUAGUACAUAAUCUCUCAUUAUUUCAAUGGAAUGUCACCAAUUACUUUUUAAAUAUUAUUAUUAUUAUUAUACUGAACAAAAAUAUAAAUGCAACAUGCAACAAUUUCAAAGAUUGUGCUAAGUUACAGUUCAUAACAUGUCGUUUACCAAUAAAAUGGUCUGAUGGUGAUGUGGAUAUACUCGGAAUCCAUAUCCCAAAUGAAAUAUAUGAUCUCACUCCAAUACAUUUUAAUAGAAAGUUAGCAAAAAUAGAUAAGAUCUUGCUACCAUGAAAGGUAAAUACCUGUCUAUUUGUGGAAAAAUCACCCUGAUUAACUCUUUAGUAUUAUCCCAGUAUACCUAUUUGCUUAUUUGCUUAUGGUCUUGCCUAUGCCUAGCGAACAGUUUUUGUAAUUAUAUGAGAAAAAAAUAUUCAAUUUUAUUUGGAAUGGCAAGCCAGACAAAAUUAAACAAGCCUAUUUAUAUAAUGAAUAUGAAUUCGGAUGACAGAAAUUAUUAAAUAUUAAAGCAUUAGACCUAUUACUAAAAGCUUCAGUCAUACAAAAGUUAUACUUAAAUCCAUACUGGUUCUCUAGCUAAUUAGUAAAAUUGUCUCUAAAAAAGAAUGGCCUUUUUCCUUUUAUUCAGAUUACAACCUCUCACUUUCAUUAUUUGAAAAGGAAAUAAUCUCCCAAAUAUCACUAUUUCUAAAACAAGCCAUAGAAAGUUGGUUGCAAUUUCAAUUUAAUCCUACAGAAACUACAGAACAAAUAAUGCAACAAAUAUUGUGGUUAAAACCAUAUAUACUAAUUGAUAAAAAAACAUUAUUUUUUGAAAAAUGUUUUAAAAAGGUAUAAUCUUCAAAAAUAAUAUUAUAGGUAGGACUGGUGGAGUUAUGUCGCACAUGCAGCUAACAAAAACAUAUGGAAAUGUAUAAUGUAUGGAAAUGCUCUACCCAAAAUUACAACCAAAUAAUUGCAGCAUUACCGCAAAAAUGGAAGAGGAAAGUGGAAGGGGGAAAAAGUAAGGAACUUGUCUGUCGACCCUGCAUUAAAGAACAUAAUUGGUUAAAGAAAAUUGUGAUAAAUAAAAAAGUAUACCAGUUUAAUUUAAGGACCAAAGGAUUGACGGCCAUCCCAUAUAGAUUGCAAAAUAGUUGGGAAGAGAUUUUUGACAUACCAAUUCCAUGGCAUAGUGUUUAUGAACUGAUACGCAAAACGACGCCGGAUUUAAAACGUAGAAUUUAAAUUAUUAUACAAAAUUCUUGCUACCAAUAGAAUGUUAUUUAUAUGGGGGAUACAAUCUUCCCAGCUCUGCAGAUUUUGCUGCGAAGAGACAGAAUCAUUAGAUCAUUUGUUUUGGUACUGUCCAUUUGUGGCUUGUUUUUGGACACAGGUCCACGAAUGGCUGAAGGAUUGCAAUAUUUACCUGGAGCUAACCCUGCAGAUAGCACUACUGGGUGAUCUGAAAAGUCAUAGUCAAUCGAUCAAUAAUAUAAUAAUACUUUUAGCAAAAAUGUUUAUUUUCAAUUUACAAUCUGUAGAAACAAUGAGAAUAGAAGGGUUCAUAACUUUUGUGAAACAUCACAGGACAGUUGAAAAAUAUGGGGCAAAUAGAAAUCCAAUAUGGGAUGGUGUUACGAGAUAGAUGGGAGGUGUUGAAUGGAGCAGAAGGAUGGGACUAAUAACAACUAACAACAACUAAUAACAACAAGAUAACUAAUGUAAAGCAUACUGUGUCCAUAAUAAGUAUAUAGGUUAUAGGUUGAGAGCUUUUGUGAAAGAGCACAGUUAGAAAGAGAUGGCGUAUAGAAGCAAGCCGGAUGGACAUCAUGAAAAUGAUCGGAGAGGUUGAGGGUAGAGGAAGUUCAGGAGUAAAAACAAACAAAAUAGAAUUAUUAUAAAAUUGACUGUGUCCAUAAAAUUUAUAUAGUAUGUAUUUAUUUAUUUUACUAGGCAAGUCAGUUAAGAACAAAUUCUUAUUUACAAUGAUGGCCUACACCGGCCAAACCCAGAUGACGCUGGGCCAAUUGUGCGCCGCCCUAUGGGACUCCCAAUCACGGCCAGUUGUGAUACAGCCUGGAAUCGAACCAGGGGGUCUGUAGUGACACCUCAAGCACUGAGAUGCAGUGCCAUAUGGGAGUAGAGGCCUAAGGGUUGUUGUUCACUAGUUUACUCCAAUUAAGGACUCCCGAGUGGCGCAGUGUUCUAAGGCACUUCUUCGCAGUGCUAGCUGUGCCAAUAGAGAUUCUGGUUCGAGUCCAGGCUCUAUCGCAGCUGGCCGCUACCGGGAGACCCAUGGGCGGCGCACAAUUGGUCCAGCGUCGUCCAAGGUAGGGGAGGGUUUGGCCGGCAGGGAUGUGGGUCUGUUUCCCACGGGGGGCCAGUAUGAAAAAUGUAAAUGUUGGGAAGUGUUGGUGGGGUUGGAAAGUAAUAAAGGGAAAUAUAUUUUUUAAAAGGAUAUGUAUGUAUGUAUGUACAGUGGGGAGAACAAGUAUUUGAUACACUGCCGAUUUUGCAGGUUUUCCUACUUACAAAGCAUGUAGAGGUCUGUAAUUUUUAUCAUAGGUACACUUCAACUGUGAGAGACGGAAUCUAAAACAAAGAUCCAUAAAAUCAUAUUGUAUGAUUUUUAAGUAAUUAAUUUGCAUUUUAUUGCAUGACAUAAGUAUUUGAUACAUCAGAAAAGCAGAACUUAAUAUUUGGUACAGAAACCAUUGUUUGCAAUUACAGAGAUCAUACGUUUCCUGUAGGUCUUGACCAGGUUUGCACACACUGUAGCAGGGAUUUUGGCCCACUCCUCCAUACAGACCUCCAGAUCCUUCAGGUUUCGGGGCUGUCGCUGGGCAAUACGGACUUUCAGCUCCCUCCAAAGAUUUUCUAUUGGGUUCAGGUCUGGAGACUGGCUAGGCCACUCCAGGACCUUGAGAUGCUUCUUACGGACCCACUCCUUAGUUGCCCUGGCUGUGUGUUUCGGGUCAUUGUCAUGCUGGAAGACCCAGCCACGACCCAUCUUCAAUGCUCUUACUGAGGGAAGGAGGUUGUUGGCCAAGAUCUCGCGAUACAUGGCCCCAUCCAUCCUCCCCUCAAUACGAUGCAGUCGUCCUGUCCCCGUUGCAGAAAAGCAUCCCCAAAGAAUGAUGUUUCCACCUCCAUGCUUCACGGUUGGGAUGGUGUUCUUGGGGUUGUACUCAUCCUUCUUCUUCCUCCAAACACGGCGAGAGGUUUAGACCAAAAAGCUCUAUUUUUGUCUCAUCAGACCACAUGACCUUCUCCCAUUCCUCCUCUGGAUCAUCCAGAUCAUCAUUGGCAAACUUCAGAUGGGCCUGGACAUGCGCUGGGUUGAGCAGGGGGACCUUGCGUGCGCUGCAGGAUUUUAAUCCAUGACGGCGUAGUGUGUUACUAAUGGUUUUCUUUGAGACUGUGGUCCCAGCUCUUUUCAGGUCAUUGACCAGGUCCUGCCAUGUAGUUCUGGGCUGAUCCCUCACCUUCCUCAUGAUCAUUGAUGCCCCACGAGGUGAGAUCUUGCAUGGAGCCCCAGACCGAGGGUGAUUGACCGUCAUCUUGAACUUCUUCCAUUUUCUAAUAAUUGCGCCAACAGUUGUUGCCUUCUCACCAAGAUGCUUGCCUAUUGUCCUGUAGCCCAUCCCAGCCUUGUGCAGGUCUACAAUUUUAUCCCUGAUGUCCUUACACAGCUCUCUGGUCUUGGCCAUUGUGGAGAGGUUGGAGUCUGUUUGAUUGAGUGUGUGGACAGGUGUCUUUUAUACAGGUAACGAGUUCAAACAGGUGCAGUUAAUACAGGUAAUGAGUGGAGAACAGGAGGGCUUCAUAAAGAAAAACUAACAGGUCUGUGAGAGCCGGAAUUCUUACUGGUUGGUAGGUGAUCAAAUACUUAUGUCAUGCAAUAAAAUGCAAAUUAAUUACUUAAAAAUCAUACAAUAUGAUUUUAUGGAUUUUUGUUUUGAUUCCGUCUCUCACAGUUGAAGUGUACCUAUGAUAAAAAUUACAGACCACUACAUGCUUUGUGAGUAGGAAAACCUGCAAAAUCGGCAGUGUAUCAAAUACUUGUUCUCCCCACUGUAUAUAUAUAUUUGCGAGAGAAAAAAAGAAGAUAUGGGGGAUUGGAAGUGAUGCAGACAAUUCAAUUGAUGGAAGUUACAAUCUAUGUGCAAUAUUAAAGCUGAUCUACCCCCUAAAAAAGUAAAUAAGAAAAUUAAAUAAAAAAGUUCAUAUGAGGAAAUCACUCAAUUGAAAUAAAUUCAUUAGGCCCUAAUCUAUGGAUUUCACAUGACUGGGAAUACAGAUACAGUAUGCAUCUGUUAGUUACAAAUACCUUUAAAAAAUGGGUCUCACAAUGGGCCUCAGGAUCUUGUCACAGUAUUUCUGUGCAUUCAAAUUGACAUAGAUAAAAUGCAAUUGUGUUCGUUGUCCGUAGUUUAUGCCUGCCCAUACCAUAACCCCACCAGCCACAAUAGGGCACUUUGUUGACAAUGUUGACAACAGCAAACCACUUGCCCACACGACGCCAUACACGUGGUCUGCAGUUGUGAGGCCGGGUGGAAGUACUGCCAAAUUCUCUAAAACGACGUUGGCGGCUUAUGAAAUGAACAUUACAUUCUCUGGCAACAGCUCUGGUGGACAUUCCUGCAGUCAGCAUGCCAAUUGCACACUCCCUCAAAACAUUAGACAUCUGUGGCAUUGUGUUUUGUGACAGAGUUGCACAUUUUAGAGUGGCCUUUUAUUGUCCCCAGCACAAGGUGCACCUGUGUAAUGAUCAUGCUGUUUAAUCAGCUUCUUGAUAUGCCACACCUGUCAGAUGGAUGAAUUUUCUUGGCAAAGGAGAAAUGCUCACUAACAGGGAUGUAAACAAAACUUGAGAGAAAUAAGCUUUUUGUGCGUAUGGAACAUUUCUGGGAUUUAUUUCAGCUCAUGAAACAUGGGACCAACACUUUACAUGUUGCAUUUAUAUUUUUGUUCAGUGUAUUGUUAUUAUUUUAAUCAAAGGGUAAUAUCUAAGUAUUGCAUAGUUGUAGAAUAACUUCUGAAACCUUCCUCACCCACUGGUCUGGCUCUAGUUUCUACAGGUCUCUAUGAUCCAGGUAAUAAGAACCGUAAUCAUUAGAAUUAUGUCCCUGGGGCUCUCCUUCCACCACCUGACUGAGGGUCUGCCCCACUUAUCCUUCACCCAAUGAAUUGCUUUAGCUCCUAUUGUUUUGGGAACAGGAAUUGGUGCUAGCAGAUUGUGUUUCCAGUCUUUCUGGAUGUAUUAUCUUCCGCCUAAUCCUCACACAGUCACUCUGCCUCUGUGGUGCUGUGUGUUGUCACUACUCCUUAAAGCCUACACAGUAUACCAUUGGUACCAUGGUCAUACCAUUCUAAUACUGCAUGUGUUUUCAGAUUGUUCAGAUGGUUUUGAAGAUUUAUUUUAGAAGGCAGACAAAAAGGCCACCUGUUAGACAAAUGUCCAUGACUGUAAGUGGUGCUCAUUGCUGAGAGACUAGCCAACACUAGUCCUUAUCUCAUCACUAACAAUGCGUCUCUCUCCCCCCUCUGCAGGACUGUCUACGGGCGUGUCAAGAACAGAUCGAGUCCUUAUUGGAGACCAGUCUCCGUCAGGCACAACAACACACUGUUUCCACGGACACCAAGAGCAUGGAUGAGGAGGUCGACCUGUCGUGCACACCAACGGACGUGAGAGAUGUGAACAUCUGAGUUGGACAGUCUUGUCUGGUGCUCACCAAGCAGAGGCCAUGGAUGGAGGAUAGGGCUUUGGGGAGAGAAGAGGACGCGCUGAUUGACACUGUCUCAGCAGCACCGCUCCCGCUGACUGCGCUCUCACCUACUCACACACCUGUGCUCGUAGCAUAGGGUCUGGCCUGGCCUGAACGUCCUGUCUGGCUCCUAACAGAUGUUGUAAGGGAUCAGCCAGGGCUUCAUUCCUACGCUUGCUCUCUGUCCCCUCACUGGUUUGAGGCAGCAUCAAUUGGGCAUGGUUCCCGUUAUGUAUUUUAGACAAAACAAACUUGAAUAAGAAAAAAUAAAAAUAAAUGUAGUGCUGUAUGUACAACAGAAUAGAGAAUAAUGAACUAGGUAUUUUUGUGUUGGACAGAUUGAGCAUGAUACACCUGCAAUUUCUCACAUAAGAAGCUAGUACUGAGUUGUUUGAUGACAUAGCCGUUUUAUGGUAUGGUAAACCCGUUUCUAAUGGAGGGGAGUUUUUGUUGUCCCUGGUUAGUUUGGCGUGGCCAUGCUUGCCUCAACAUUUAACCAACUUCGAGAUAUUCUUUUGAAAAAUCUCUAAUCUCCUCUUUUUUAUGGAGAAUGUAACCAUACAAUGUUAUUUUGUUUAGCAUACUUAGGGCUCUAUUCAAUCCGUAU